CUCUCUCCUCUCUCUCUCUCUCUCUCUCUCUCUCUCUCUCUCUCUCUCUUUCUCAGAGUUAGUUGUAACAGAAAUAACAUCAAACUCUCCUCUUCUCUUUAAGCUUAUAGCAACGGCCAAAUGCGUUGAUUCAAUUCUCUCUCUCUGAGACAUCAAAAUCUGAAUGUGGCUUCCAUAGAUCUUUCAUCAUUUCCCUAGAUCUUACAUUUGAACUGCCCCGGGAUGUCUUCUACAAGUAACUUGUCUUUGCUGAUGUGAAUCUCGGUACCAUUUAGCGAUAGUUUCAAUUACUUGGAAGUUGCUAGGUUAUUAUUAGAAUUAACUUCAACAAGGACUCAUUGAAGUACCCAUCCUUUGGAGAAUUUGAAGAAUUCGGACUCUAAAUAUUAUCUGGUGGCGGCUACUAUAGUGUCAAGUAGUGGCAGUCAGCGUGUGAUUACACAAAUGGAUGUUUCACUUCAAGGAAGGAAGCAGAAUUUGCAGACACAUGCUCGUAAAAAUAUGUCAAGGGGGGCCAACAAAGAUCUGUGGCUUGUUGUUCAAGAAGGAACAUUGGGCGACGUGGAUUCUGCACUGGCCUUUCUGAAGAAGAGUGGUAGUAAUAUCAAUACAAGAAACAUAUUUGGUCUCACUCCUCUUCAUAUUGCAACCUGGAGGAAUCACAUUCCCAUUGUUAGGAGGCUUCUUGGAGCUGGUGCUGACCCAGAUGCUAGGGAUGGGGAAUCAGGAUGGAGUAGCCUUCACAGAGCUCUGCAUUUUGGUCAUCUUGCUGUGGCAAGCAUACUUCUCCAGUCUGGUGCUUCUAUUACACUGGAGGACUUUAAAUACCGAACACCUGUUGAUUUGAUGUCUGGGCCUGUGUUGCAAGUUCUUGGUAGUGAACGGAGUUCAGUAACAACAGAGGUUUUCAGUUGGGGAAGUGGUGCAAACUAUCAACUUGGAACUGGAAAUGCGCACAUUCAAAAGUUGCCAUGCAAGGUUGAUGCUCUUCAUGAUUCUUUAAUCAAGUUUGUUUCUGCCGCUAAAUUCCAUAGUGUAGCAGUCACUUCUCGAGGAGAAGUCUAUUCGUGGGGAUUUGGAAGAGGGGGGCGACUUGGGCACCCUGAUUUUGAUAUACACAGUGGUCAAGCUGCGGUUAUCACUCCUCGGCAGGUAACAUUUGGUCUAGGGUCCCGUCGGGUGAAGGCAGUUGCGGCAGCUAAACAUCACACUAUUAUUGCUACGGAUAGUGGGGAGGUGUUCACCUGGGGAUCCAACCGAGAGGGUCAGCUUGGCUACACCUCUGUGGACACGCAACCUACACCUCGUAGGGUGAGUUCCCUCAGGUCAAAGGUUGUCGCUGUUGCUGCAGCAAACAAGCACACCGCUGUUGUUUCUGAUAAUGGUGAAGUUUUCACUUGGGGUGGCAACAGAGAGGGCCAGCUUGGCUAUGGUACAUCCAACUCUGCAUCAAACUACACUCCUAGAGUAGUUGAAUACUUGAAAGGCAAGGUUUUUACAGGGGUUGCAGCAGCAAAAUAUCACACACUUGUCUUGGGAAUUGAUGGAGAGGUAUACACUUGGGGUCAUCGACUUGUUACGCCAAAACGGGUUGUUGUUUCUAGAAGUUUGAAAAAGGGUGGAAAUACUUCUUUGAAGUUCCAUCGCAAGGAACGGCUCCAUGUGGUUUCGGUAGCUGCAGGGGUGGUACAUAGCAUGGCACUCACAGAUGAUGGUGCUUUGUUUUAUUGGGUUUCCUCAGAUCCUGAACUUAGAUGCCAACAGCUUUACUCGCGGUGUGGAAGAAAUUUGGUGAACAUAUCUGCAGGGAAGUACUGGACUGCAGCUGUUACAUCUACAGGUGAUGUUUAUAUGUGGGAUGGAAAGAAUGGCAAGGAUAAGCUGCCAGUUGCUACUCGGUUACAUGGUACAAAGAGGGCUACUUCAGUUUCAGUUGGUGAAACGCAUUUGUUAAUUAUUGGUUCUCUUUAUCGACCUGCCUAUACUUCCAAUGAGGUGAAGGAUCCCCAGAAGUCAAUUAUUAAGGAUGAGCUAGAAGAGAUCGAUGAAGAUCUUAUGUUUAAUGAUAUGUGCUUGGAGAAUGCUUCAGCCAUUAUACAAGAUGAUGAUUCCAGCAAGAAAGCCAUACCAAGCUUAAAAAGCAUUUGUGAAAAAGUGGCUGCAGAGAAAUUAGUGGAGCCACGAAAUGCUAUUCAGAUGCUUGAAAUUGCAGAUUCACUCGUUGCAGAUGAUUUAAGGAAGUAUUGUGAGGAUGUUGCCAUUAGAAAUCUUGACUAUAUUUUUACUGUAUCAUCGCAAGCUGUUGCUGGAGCUUCACCAGAGAUUCUAUGUAACCUCGAAAAAUCAUUGGAUUUGAAGUCAUCUGAACCAUGGAGCUACCGUCGUCUCCCAACUCCAACAGCUACUUUCCCUGCUGUUAUUUAUAGCGAGGACGAAGAUAGUGAAAGCGAGGUUCAAAGAACACGUGACAACCAUACCAAGAAAUCUACCUCCAAAAAGGAAAUGCACCACAGACCAGAUUCCUUUCUACAACCCAAAGAUGAUCCAAAUUUAGGUAUUGGCAAGGAAGUUCGAGCCCUGCGGAAAAAGCUGCAGCAGAUUGAGAUGCUUGAAGAAAAACAAUCUAAUGGGUAUCUUCUGGAUGACCAGCAAAUUAAAAAGCUUCAAACUAGGUCAGCUGUGGAGAGUUUGCUUGCUGAUCUCGGGGUUCCAAUGGAGACAACAGAGUUGAAGGCACCAGAUGGAAAAAGCAGUAAAAAAGUUGAGCUUUCAAGAAAACAGAGGAGAAAGAACAAACAAAAUUCUACGCAAGUGACUUGGUUUACUGGAAGUGAAAUAGAACCUAAUUCAAUAAAAGGUUUCUUGAGUAGUGAAAUCUCUCAAAACUCGGUAAAUAAGGAUGAUGAGUCCACGAUUGGGGAGAUUAUGACCACCGAAACUACUACAGAGUCAGCUUUAUGUGCCCCAAAGCAGAAGCUAGACUCAGCAAAGAACACUAUGUCAUCUCCAACAGUUUCCAAGAAGAAAAGUAAAAAGGGUGGGCUUUCAAUGUUCUUGAGUGGUGCACUUGAUGACUCCCCUAAAUAUAUUGCUCCUCCACCAACCCCAAGAACUGAGGGUCCUGCAUGGGGCGGGGCUAAAAUUUCUAAAGGAUAUGCGUCUCUUCGUGACAUUCAAGAUGAGCAAAUUAAGAUUAAGGAGCAUCAACCAACUAAAAAUAAAGUUCCCUCGGAAGACCCCGUUAUCGCCAAAGGUGAUGGGAAGUUCCUAUUGAGCUCAUUUUUGCCUUCUAAACCAAUUCCAGUGGGCUCCGUUGUCUCAACCCCUGCUUCAGUGGCAAAUGAAGGUGAAAGAUGUACACCUCCCUGGACUGCUUCAGGAACUCCUCCGCUUCUUUCUCGUCCAUCUCUUAGGGACAUCCAAAUGCAGCAGAAGGGAAAACAGCAGCUUAAUGUGUCUCACAGUCCAAAGACAAAAACAGCUGGAUUCUCAGUCACUAAUGGUCAGGGUUCGCCACUGGACUCCUCUGGAUUGAACCGGUGGUUCAAACCCGAAGUGGAUGCACCUCCCUCAUCAAUCCGUUCGAUCCAGAUCGAGGAAAAGGCCAUGAAGGACCUAAGGCGCUUCUACAAUAGUGUUAAGGUUGUCAAUAGUCCUUUUUAAUGGUGGCAUCUGAUCUGGCUUUGUUGGCGUAAGACGAGGCCCCUGUUUGGUCUUUAUAUUUAUUUAAAUCCUGUUUUGGUUAAAUUCAGUGCUGUAAAUCUAACUGUAUAGUUUAGCUUAGGGAUAUAGUUCAUUCUCUUCAGUCUUCCCGCACUUUAUUUACCCCUCCUGGUAAAUGCUCUGCAAUGUAAUGUAGUAGCAAUUGGCACCAUUAAUCUUUAGGUCUCUUACAAUUUUUUCUCAUUCAAGAGACGGUAAAACUCGUCAUGUCAGUGAUGCUGGCAAAUGAUAUAUAUAAAUAAGUGGCCAUGCGGCUGGUCUUUGAUUCAA